CUCUCCUCACUCACCAAGAUGGCGGCAGCCUCAUCCAUCCAGCCGCCGUGUGUUCACUCUGCUGCUGCCCGGGAGAGCGCACCACUGACCCCGGAGAUGGACAGCCCCGAGAGCCGGCGGCAGGAGGAGGAGGAGGCGGCGGGGCAGCCCACAGAGCCCGGGACGAGCCUCCGGGACCUGCCGGAGCUGGAGCCGGAGGAGAUCGAGAGGAGACUCGCCAAAACGCGCCAGGAGCUGAGCAACAGGAGGAAAAUACUUAUGAAAAACCUGCCUCCGGACACCACCAACCAGGAAGUCCAUGAAAUACUGAAGGAGUACGAGCUGAAGUACUGCUUUGUGGAUCGUAACAAAGGCACAGCCUUUGUGACUUUGCUGAACGGGGACCAGGCUCAGGAUGCCAUCCGCUCCCUCCAUCACAGCACUGUUCGAGGUCGGCUGAUCAACGUGACCCUGCAGCCCACCGACUCGCUGCUGUGCGUCACCAACCUGCCCCACACCUACACCGCCCAGCAGUUUGAAGAGCUGGUGCGCGCCUAUGGGAACAUCGAGCGCUCCUUCCUGGUCUAUAGCGAGCUGACGGGUCACUCCAAAGGCUACGGGUUUGUGGAGUACAUGAAGAAGGACUCAGCAUCGCGGGCACGGUCGGAGCUGCUGGGACGAGCGCUGGGAGACCGGUCUCUCAUGGUCCAGUGGAUGGAUGUGAACCAGCUGAGUCAUGAGGACAGUGUUCACUCUAAGUGUGUGUGUGUCGACCGACUGCCUCUGGACCUGAGCCACUCCGAUGAGUUCACACAGCUCUUCUCUGAGACCUACAAGCCCGUCUUCUGUCAGUUGGCUCAGGACGAGGGCAGUGCGGUCCGAGGCUUUGGCGUGGUGGAGUACAGCAGUGCGGAGCAGGCGGAGGCAGUGCUCUCAGAGAUGGACAGGACUGUGGUCAUGGGGCAGGUAGUGCGGCUGUCCCUCUGCUCCCCCGGGACGUCCGGCAGGAGCACGCUGGCUGCCCUCAUCGCUGCACAGGGAAUGAUUCUAAGCAACAGAAAAGGCCUCCUCCCAGAGCCCAACAUGGCACAGCUCUGGAGCAGCAUGACCAACCCCUCCGCCCUCCACCUCCUCAUGAGGCCCUACACCACCAGCAAGAGAGGAGGAAAGUUUGGUCUCCACGGCAACGUGCCAUUCCUCCGACCCCCACUGACGUCUGCUCUGCUCACACUAGGAAAAGCCCACCAGAACGCCAUGAUCGGGAACGGCCUGGUUUUGCAGAACCUGUUACACAUGCAACUCGCUCAACAACAGCUGCUCCACAUCAAAGACAAACAGGUCUCCAGUCUCCUCGGGGAUCCUUCCAAGCUGCUGAUGCACAAAGCUCUCUCUCUGCGGCCUCCGGGGGUGCUGUCUCUGGGGAAGGGGCUGCUGGGAAACUCCCCCUCAGACCUGGGUCCAGAGUCCGUCCCAGUGUCCAGUCACAGCGGUCCAGCGGGGGUCAUGCCUUACCUUCAGACCAGAGCCUCGGCGGGGGAUCAAAACGGCACCCACCUCCCCCUGUCCUCCACUUCCACUGUGUCCACCUCCACCUCCUCCUCUUCCUCCUUGGGCUGCGGCGAGCGUCAGCCGGCUCCUCCCGGGACCAUGGUGAGUGGUCAGAGUUCAUUAUUGGGAGAUCCGCCCAAAGAGGUCAGACUUCCUUCAAAUCCGUACCUGAAUCUGGCCAGUGUCAUGCCCAGUGUGGUUUUACAAGGGUCCAUGGGGGCCAAGGCGCAGGGCGGGGCGGCAGGUGCAGCUGUGUACUCCGGCCCCGUGGCACCUGUUGCUCCUGUCGCACCUGUCGCUUCUCAGACCUCCACCUCCUUCUCUCACAGCGCGGCCACCACCAGCGCCCCCUACAGCACGGAUACCUCCACGGACUACAGCCAGUACAGUCAGGCGUACACACAGGAAGCCAUGCAGCAGUGGUACCAGCACUACCAGGCUGCAGCUCAGGCCCACAGCUAUGGCACUGCCCCUCCCGACGCCACGGCAACAGAAUACAAGGACCACACACAGGCUCCGCCGGCGUCUACCUACGACUAUAACUCCUACAUGCAGGCCGUGACUCAGUAUUACUCCCAGCCUGGCACUGCCACACAGGCCUACGCCACCAAGGAGGUGGACAUGGUCAAACCUCUGGGCGUGUCUCUUCAUGCUGUGAGUAAUGGCGCGGCCCCUCCCCCUGCGGUGCUCCCAGCCUACGGCACCCUGCCCCUGGUCCCCGGGUUCCUCCCACCUGCCCCGGUGACCCACCCCACCCCACCCGACUGGAGCACCUACUACUAUAACCAGGCACGCGGGCACAAGCGGGAGUACCCGCAGCUGGCGGUGCCCGAGGUGGCCUCGUCAGAAGGAGCGUACAUCGGGCAGCAUUCCCAGGGCCUGGGCGGGCAGUACGCCGACUACUUCAAGAGGAAGAGGCUCUAAUAUGAACCAAACCACAGCUCCCUCUAGUGGCCUUUGUGCGGCUGUGUGCGUCCCAGCAGCAGGUGGCGCUGUGGAGCUGGGCUGCUCGUGGCUCAUGUGAAAUACAAAGCCAUAGUGCUCUUUAAUACUGGCACGUGUG